AUGGCCAGACUGUUGCAAGCUCCACCCAAGUUUCACCCCUCAGAAUGGGACCUUGCAAACCAGAUGCAGCAUGCCAGCACUGAGUCUCAGAAAUGCAGGUCAGAGCGCACUGUAGCUGAGAGUCAGAGGCUGCUGGAUGAAAUAGAAAAGACAACUCAGAAAACCCAGAGUGAUGUCAACAAGAAAAUAGAACAGAGGCAGAAAGAAAUAAAGUUCUGGAAGCAAGAAUUAGAUAACAAACUUGAACAAAUUGUUCAUGAGACAGAGGUACUGCUGACUUUCAAGACUAGGCUGGAGAAAUCUUUGGAGAGCUGCAAAGAGCCACUCAUGAUUGCCCAGAAGUGUCUCCUGAACAGGCAGAGGCGAACUGGGAUUGACUUGGUGCAUGAUGAAGUGGAACAGGAACUGGGGAAGGAAGUUGAGCUCCUCCAGGAGGUUAUUGCAUUGCUUGGACGUACAUUGGAACAAACCAAUGAGCAAAUCAGGCUAAACCGUUCAGAGAAAUACAGCCUGGAAAUGGAUCUGAAGGACAAGUUCACAGCUUUGAUGAUUGAUGAUUACUGUGCUAACCUGACAAACAACACUCCCAGUAUCAGAUACUCUGACAAUGCAAUGAGACCAGAAGGAAAUUUUGUCAGCCUUGAGGACUGGGUGGAUUUCUCCAACGUAAAUGUUGAGAAGGCUGAGAAGCAGAGGAGCAAUUCUCUGGCACUGAGGGCACUGAUUGACAGCAUCCUCUCCCAGACAGCCAGCGACCUGCGCAAGCAGCGCGAGGUGGUGAACACUGCCCUCACAAACAGGGUGAAGGAAGUCAAGGAUGCAAAGCACAAGCUGGAGACACUGCUUGCAAUGGUGCUGGAUGAGACUGCCUCGCAGGAGAAGAACAUUGCAGCCUUGAGGAAAGCAAUUGCUGACAAAGAGGGACCUGCUAAAGUGGCUCACACCCGCUUGGAAGCUCGGAACUGCCGGCCCAACGUGGAGCUGUGUUACGACCCAGUGCAGCACAGGCUGACCAGUGAAGUCCAGGAGAUCACACAAAACAUUCAAAGAUUACAGGACACAUUGGCAGAGGCUGAGACAGUGUUGAAAGGUCUGAGCCGCCGACAGCUUUCCUUGGAGGAGGAGAUCCAGGUCAAGGAGAAUUCCCUGUACAUUGAUGAAGUGCUCUGCAUGCAAAUGAGAGAGUCUGUUUGCAUUAACAACUUCUGA